UUCGGAGAUCCCGUUGCGCCCCUCAUUGGGAGCUUCCCAGCUCUGCUGGGCUCUAUGGAGGAAAAACUCCGCUGGGCCCUCCAUUCCCAUGGCCUCAGCCGCUUGCAGCACCAAGACCAUGGCCCUGUUCAAGCGCACCUUGGUGCUGAGCCCCGCUGCAGCACCCAGGGGCCCCAGCACUGGUGCCCCACCGAGGGGCUGCCCCUUGCCUCCUGCCGCCUGGCCCUCCAAGGACUGGCUGCGGGGAGAGGGCAUUGGCGGCAGGCUGUGGAGCCCAGCAACAGCUGGCCGCCUGCCCCAGUCCCACUCCUGCUGCUCCACGCCACCCAGCGCUGUGUGUGUUCUCUGCCCGCAGGACUCGCUCAGCAGCAGCAUGAAAACUUGUUACAAGUAUCUAAAUCAGACCAGUCGCAGUUUCGCAGCUGUCAUUGAGGCGCUGGAUGGGGAAAUGCGCCAUGCAGUAUGCAUAUUUUAUCUGGUUCUCCGGGCUCUAGACACCCUGGAAGAUGACAUGACCAUCAGCGUGGAAAAGAAGAUUCCACUGUUGCACAACUUUCACUCUUUCCUUUAUGAACCAGAGUGGCGAUAUAUGGAGAGCAAGGAGAAGGACCGACAAGUGUUGGAGGACUUCCCAACGAUCUCCCUAGAAUUUAGAAAUUUGGCUGAGAAAUAUCAAACGGUGAUUGCUGACAUUUGCCGGAGGAUGGGAAUGGGGAUGGCAGAGUUUUUGGAGAAGCACGUGACCUCUGAACAGGAGUGGGAUAAGUACUGUCACUAUGUCGCUGGACUGGUGGGAAUUGGCCUUUCCCGGCUGUUCUCAGCCUCGGAGUUUGAAGACCCCUUAGUUGGUGAAGAUGUAGAGCGUGCCAACUCUAUGGGCCUGUUUCUGCAAAAAACAAACAUAAUUCGUGAUUAUCUGGAAGACCAGCGAGAAGGGAGAGAGUUUUGGCCUCAAGAGGUUUGGAGCAGAUAUGUCAAGAAGCUGGGGGAUUUUGCUAAGCCAGAGAAUAUUGACUUGGCUGUGCAGUGCCUGAAUGAACUGAUAACCAAUGCCCUGCACCACAUCCCAGAUGUCAUUACCUAUCUUUCAAGACUCAGAAAUCAGAGUGUGUUUAACUUCUGCGCUAUCCCACAGGUAAUGGCCAUCGCUACUUUGGCUGCCUGUUACAACAAUCAGCAGGUUUUCAAGGGGGUCGUGAAGAUUCGGAAGGGGCAGGCAGUCACCCUCAUGAUGGAUGCCACCAAUAUGCCAGCCGUCAAAGCUAUAAUAUGCCAGUAUAUGGAAGAGAUUUAUCAAAGAAUCCCCAACUCCGACCCGUCCUCUGGGAAAACCCGACAGAUCAUCUCCAGCAUCAGGACACAGAACCUCCCCAACUGCCAGCUCAUCUCCCGGAGCCACUACUCGCCCUUCUACUUGUCGUUUGUCAUGCUCUUGGCCGCCCUGAGCUGGCAGUACCUGAGCACCCUGUCGCAGGUCACAGAAGACUAUGUUCAGACUGGAGAACACUGAGUGGCAGGUGCCUGAGCUGCGAUUCACCAGAACCUGGCUUGACCUGGCUUCCCCUUCAGGGACCGAUGUUGGCUUCUCUUUUGUUAUAUUGUUUCUUCCGAUUUUAAUCUCCUUGGAGAUGUGUGUGCUUGAACCUUUGAAGCUGUGAAGUGC